CCUAGUCCUACUCCCGCUCUGUGUUUUCAUUUCAAACCCACUCUCUCUCUCUCUUAGGGUUUUUCCCUUUCUUCAUCUCGGAUCCAUGCGACCAGACAUCUAGUUAGGGUUUUUUCACUACUAAUGGUAGCGGAAGUAAGUAAUCCAGACUUGAUUGAUCCUAUUGAUUUUACUACCGUUCUCAAUUUGCUUCCUCGAACUUUCAAGGGUUUGAAAAAUACUACUUCAAGCACGAACCAGAACGAUAUGGGAUUGAUCAAAAAUUAUCACAAAUCUGUGGCAAUUAAAAGUUCUGAAAGCUUUAUGGGACAAGCGAGGACAAUAGUAGACAGACACUCUGAACAUGUAAACAAUGAGUUACCAUGUGCUGUCCAAUCUGAUGAUAAGGAGGAGGAUAUAGUUGUUGAAAUGGACAAGGGUCGUGAGAAAGAAAGACGCCCUGGCUUGUUGGGUAAUCAGAGACGGCCUAAGUUUUCUUUGAAGCCAAAUGUUAUGAGUCAGACGAAUUUGAAUCUUGAAGACAUGGAGAAGGAAAUUGAAAAAAUAACUGACCCGAUUGAAUUCUUUAAAGCACAUGAAAGGCUCGAAAAUGCCAGAAAGGAAAUACAGAGACAAACGGGUGGCGUUCCUACAAAUUCAAUCAAGGAUGAUAUAUCCACGAAAACUCGAGUUCGUCGACCUGGACUUGAGGGGAGGACGGUUGGUCACAAACACCGUUAUUCAUUGGUGGGUGCUGGUAGUAAUGACGUCUUCUCUUCGCAAAUUGAGACCGACUUUUCUAGUCAAUCAACGGAUGAACCAACCACUGGGACAACGGAUCAGCAUGACCCAGCAGAGGAAAGCAUAUCGAUGGAUGUUGGCUUAGAAAAAGAUUCAGUAGCUGCAGCACAGAACAAUGUCGAUCGCCUUUUGCAUGAGCUUUUGUCACCUGUAUGUACUGCUCUGGAUGGAGAUGGAGCACUACCUUUCUUGCAAGAGCGGUUACAAAUUAAACCCAUUCAUGUGGAUAAAUUAUCUCUUCCCGAUCUUGAUAGUUUUCGAUCAAUUAAUGUUAUGGCACCGCCUGAGCGUGCGGGUAAGUCGAGGGAAUCAUUAUUAGAGAUGGAAAGUUUUGUAAGACAAUCAAGAAAUAAAACAUCUACAGAAAUUCACCUGUCGACAAACACUUCUAUGUAUCAACGGGCUUCACCAACUUCGCCAGAGAGUCCGUUGGCUUCACUAUCUUUGUUGCAAAAGCGUCUUUCACAGAAGGGUCAAACAGCCAGUCCAUUCUCAUUUCGUGGUAUCGACUAUUCACUUGUCAGGAGUACUGGUAAAGACAUAGGGGACCUUUCACCUGAUGUUGAGCAUGAUCAUAAUAACGAGGCAAAUGAUACAACAGCUGAAGCGCCGGAUAAGAAGGCUUCAAGUGCUUCUUGCAAGUUCCAGUCUGCGACGCUUGUAAAUGAUGAUACUGCAGGAACUAAUACAUUCCAGUCUGCGACGCUUGUAAAUGAUGAUACUGCAGGAACUAAUACAGUCUCAAAAGAACUUCCAAUGGAAACAGUGGUUUGUUCGGCUAGCAGAUCAAUGGAUGCAGGUGGACCAGAUGGUGUCUUGCAGGAGGAUAAGGUUGAAAAUGUAUGUCAGGAGACUGCAACUUCUCAAGAAAAAGAGAUUGACCUCGAAGGUUUGCAGACUGACCUUGAAAAAGAAACAGUGGUAUGUUCGGCUAGCAGAUCAAUGGAUGCGGGUGGACCAGAUGGUGUCUUGCAGGAUAAGGUUGAAAAUGUAUGUCAGGAGACUGCAACUUCUCAACAAAAAGAGACUGACCUUGAAGGUUUGCAGAAUACAGAUUAUAGUGGGAGUCUGUUGGAUGGAGUCAAUUCUACUGCUGGAGAGCAUCGGUCAGGAAAUGGGGACUCUCUAACUGCAAACAAUCUUCCUAUGCAAAAUGGCGAGGUCGAGGAUAUGAGGCCUAAUGGAGUUGCUUCGGAGCAGAAAGAGCCUGGAUUUGAAGAUCUACCUUCAGGAGAUAUUGGUUGUACUGCAAGUCACUUGGAUGAAUCUGUUUCUGCUAAGGGAAAGCACCAAACAGGAGAUAUAUUCUCACAAAAUCCUGACAUCCUUACUGAACAGCACGAUGAGACGUACCCGGAGCCUUCUUUGAAUGAAAGCAGAAAAAGGAGAGCACCUCCAGGAAACAGAACUAAGACACAGAAAUCUCGUCAGAAAAAUCUUGCAGGAGCUGGGACUCGGGGGGAGUCCGAUGUGAGACGAAGCACCAGACCCAGAACAAGACCAUUGGAGUAUUGGAAAGGGGAACAAUUCUUACCUGGAAGAGUACAAAACGAAUCUGUUUCUGCUACGGGCAAGCUCCAAACAGAAGAUGUGUUAUCAGAAAAUUCUGACAUUCUUCCUGGACAGCACGAUGAGGGACAGACAUACCCAGAGCCUUCUUUGAAUGAAAACAGCAAAAGGAAAGCACCUGUGGAAAACAUGAUUGAGAAACGCAAGUCUCGUCGGAAAACAGCAAAAAGAAAUAAUGAUGAAUCUGUAUCUGCCACGGGCAAGCAGCAAACAGCAGAUGUAAUCUCACAAAAUCCUGAAAUCAUUACUGAACAGCACGCUGAGACGCUCCUGGAGCCUUCUUUGAACGAAAACAAAAUGAAGAAAGCAUCUCCGCGAAACAAAAGGGAGAAACAGAUUACUCGUCGGAAAAGUCUUGCAGGAGCUGGGACUAAGUGGGAGUCUGGUGUGAGACGAAGCACCAGACACAGAGUAAGACCACUGGAGUUCUGGAAAGGGGAACGAUUGUUAUAUGGAAGAGUACAUGAAAGCCUGUUAACAGUAAUCGGAGUGAAGUAUGAAUCUCCACCAAAGAGCAAAACAGAAAAGCCGACAUUCAGAGUGGAGUCUUAUGUCUCUGAUGAAUACAAAGAGCUCGUGGAGAAUGCAGCUCUGCAUUAAACAAUAUCUCCAUGACAGUUUCUUAGGUCACUCGGAGAACUUGUCUGGGAAACCUACUCAUUGCUAGAGGGUGUUGUUGGUCCCUAGUUAUCUAUAUGACUGUUCUGUACAUGCUUGUCUGUAUAGGUAUGGAAGAGUUCCCCUGGUCAUGCCAGGUGGCUAGGGUUCUCAGUACAAUUGAUGAUGAAGAUAUUCCAUUGUGUAAUUGCCAAGCUGUAGUUCUGUGAUCUUUUGUUGCGAGUAAGAACAUUAGUACUCUUCCAGGUUCCUUCCUCAAUGGCUUCUAAUGUUCAACCGACACCAUAUAUGAUGAAGAUAUUCGAUUGUGUAA